UUCACUGUGUACAGAAAGACAAAAGAAAUGAAAAAGGAGGUGAAUAUACUGACACAUACAGCAGAAGUAGUGUUAACCGAAGAGCAACGUUCUGCAGUGGAAAUAUUGAAAGAGAAACACAGGGCACAAGAUCUAAAGGAAGGUCUUGCGCAAGAGACACUGGAUGAACCUAUUGAAAAACUCAGUGGCGAUCAACCCACUCAAGAAAUUGGUGAAGGCACCAGUGGUAAUAAUAAUAAUAAUAAUACAGAAGGGAUUACAGAGGAAUCAGGCGGUGCUUUGUGGGACAUUUUCAGAAGGGAGGACGUUCCCAAGUUAGAGGCAUAUCUUAGAAAGCACGUCAAAGAAUUCAGGCACACAUAUUGCUCCCCAGUAGAACAGGUCGUUCAUCCGAUCCAUGAUCAGUGUUUUUAUUUAACUUCAGAGCACAAAAGGAAGUUGAAACAAGAAUAUGGAAUUGAGCCAUGGACCUUUGAACAAAAACUUGGAGAGGCUGUAUUCAUUCCUGCUGGAUGCCCACACCAAGUCAGAAAUCUCAAGUCAUGUACAAAAGUAGCUGUGGACUUUGUCUCUCCUGAAAACAUUCAUGAGUGCCUGCGUUUAACUCAGGAGUUCAGACUUCUGCCGAAGAACCAUAGAGCCCGAGAAGACAAACUUGAGAUAAAGAAGAUGAUACUCUAUGCAGUUGAGCAAGUAAUUAAAGAUGCAAGGAAUUUGUUAACAUAACAAAGU